UAUUGCACGCGCAAGAGUCGACAUGGAUUCAGUCGAAAUUCACAGCCAGUCGUACAUUCUGUGCAAAAGUGUUUCAUUCAUUCAUUCAUUUUUCUUCUUUCUCGUUUUGUUUUUGUUUGUGUGUAAAUAUUAGCACUAUUUUUAGAGCUCGGUGGGAGGGUCCCCAUUCUAAAAGUAGUACCUGCGUCCAAGAAUAUAUGACACGCAUACAGCAAUAAUUCCAUGUGGAACAUCUGUCAUCGUUCUAACGAGUGGCUCAAGGUAGACAACUGCUCCCCAAAUAUUCUCGCUCUGCCGCUGGUCAACGUUUGCUGUUCAUCUCUUCUACAGUUCUGGCUAAGGCCUCCGCCACAACGGACUGACUAGUGAUGCCUAAAGCCAAUUCGUUGCCUUCAAAAGGUCUCGCAUUUGGUUGGAUCUUGUGUGUGGCGUGUGCCGCCACGCUCUUUUCCACAAGUUGGGCCCAGGUGGAAGACGUUGAGAAUGCAGUCAAUAGCACCAGCAACGAUGCAGAGCACAGCGCAGAGCUGCCCAGCGAGGUCCAAAAAGCGGUAUGCACAGUGACCGCUGGUGAGAUAAAGGCGUCUGCCGAAGCUGUCACAACAAAGACCCUAAAGGGUGUCUGUGGAUCAGAUGAAAUGAGCUUGGCCUUUCGAAAUCUGGAAACAAAACUUUACGCGGAGCUACGUGAAAUAAAAUGGUUAUUGGAGCAAGUGGCCAUGGCCAAUUCGGUGGAAAUAGUCGCUGUACCCACACCACCUCCUCCGCCACCAGUGACACAAAGAACUGUCCCAUCAAAUGAUGUCGAGCUAGAGGAAAUCCUAAAGGCAAUGGAACCAAAAGCUAGCACUAAAAAGAUGCCCAUACUGAAGGAGUUGGCAACGAGGCAAAAGGCCAUGCAGGGAGUGCGAGAUGAGGAGGUCAAUAAGUUCAAUAAUACCAUGCUGGCCGACCAGGACUUUAAAUUGUUUACCUACUACUGGAAGUUGGAUAAUUUCACAAGCAGAAUUGAAGAUCUUUCAACGAGCACUGUCAACAGUCCUGUGUUUAGCAUCAGAGGCAAAUCCCUGCAGCUGAAGUGCACCUUUCACUAUUUGAAUCGCGAACUGCUGAACCUACAGCUGGGCUAUGCGCAACUUCUUCCACCAGGCGAACAGAAGAACAUUGCCUUGGACAUGGGUGGAAUAUUCAAGACGAUGAAACACUGGACAGACGACACGCCAUUCAAGCAUAAAAUCUCCAUACUGGAUCAGAAUUACAGCCACCGAAAGGCAAAGGAUCUCGGCUCACAAGAGCUGACCAAACUGGAGACGGGCUUUUCCAUACCAAACAGUGCACUUCUGGGCAGCACGUACAUCAAGCAGAACACGCUGUUGAUACAGAUUAUAUUGUAUUUGUGAGUGACGAAAUAAAAUGUGUUUAUUCGGUUGAGUUAUUAAGUCAAAGAGAGACCAAAACCACAUACUCUACUUUAU